AUGAAGAAGAAUACGGCCCUAAUCAAACGACUACGCACCGCAAUCACGCCUGCCAACGUCGCCACUUUCCUGCAGGAGAUCCGAUCCCUGUCGCUGCACAAAUAUCUCACCGAGAUCAUAUCCGCCUGCUUCGAGGGUUUGACAAAGCUCAAGGUCUCUGGGGAUAUCACUGCCGGAGUCGAAAUAAUCAGCGCGCUCCAUCAAAGAUUCGGCCCGGAGGAGUUCACGAGUUACCUGGGCUGGUAUAUUGGUCGCGGCCUGGCAACCCCGGACAAGGCACAAUUGAAGGCACUGGCACCCGAUGUUCGUGAGCGGGAAGAAAAGGACAGAAUUUCCCGUCAGCGUACGUUGCUGCGCGUGGCUACGGAGCUCUGGCUUGUGGGAGUGCUCAAAAGCUUGGAAGACGUGGCGAAGCCGGAAGAGGCCACCAAAGGACGUGAUACAGGCAAGGGAGGCGACGUUCCUUCAAAAGUCAAGACCAACGGAUCUCGCUCAGAUGCCGCCGAUCCGGAACCAUUCCCCUUGGAGGUACUCAAGGAUAUGCUUGGCCAGGAUCGCGAGCACGUGAAUUUACCACUCGUUGUGCUCUUUGUCAAAACCUUUGCGUGGGACAUUCUAGGCUCAAAGGCCGUCAAAUCAGAGAGCCGUCAAACCGUUACCGAGAAUGGUGCCACGACAUCCACGAAUGGUCACGCUGAAUCCACAACGACAACUGAAAACGACGAUGGCUCUGCUCCCGAUCCACCACUAACGGCACCCAUACUGCAACAACGAUUCAAAAACAUCCUCACUCGCUACUUUGACGAUGUGAAAGCUCAUAUUGUACGGGACCAGGAGCGUUUGUCUUCACAAGGACGGCGAAAUGCGGAAGCCUACGUCAAAUCAGGCGAGGUGUUCGAAGAUCGCCAGAACAAUCACGAGAAGGCUCUCAAGGUACAGGAAAAGCUAGUCUCAAGUGCGCAAACUCUUGCUGAAGUUCUGGGAGCCGAGAUGCCCGAUCUCUCAGCAAAGGAUAACACUUCUUCGGGACUUGAAAGCAGCAUUGGUCUAGUCAAGACGGGAGAGUAUCUUCGCGGACAAGCAGAAGGCGCGGGAAUCUGGGAGGAUGAGGACGAACGUCGCUUUUACGAGAACAUGGUUGACUUGAAGGAUCGAGUCCCUGGGAUCUUGCUCGAGGACGGCAAAAAGAAGAAGACCGACGGCGAUGACCAGGUCGGGAAGAAGACCGACGAGUCUGGUGAACAGAAAGAGAAGUCCGUUGAGGCGGAUGAUGCAUCGAUGACCAUCGCCAACAAGACCGUGGGUGCACAKGUCGACGCAUUGCUUGCCAGACUUCACGAGCUUACCACGAAAGACCAAGUCGACCAGUUCGCCAUCGACUUCUGCUUUCUCAACUCAAAGGCUUCGCGUAAUCGCCUCAUCAAAGCUAUUGAGGAUAUUCCUAAAGGCAGGUCAGACCUCCUUCCUCUUUACGCUCGGCUCGUCGCCACUCUGGGUCGUCAUCUGCAGGACAUUCCACAGGCGAUGAUUGCGUAUCUGGACGAUGAAUUCAGAAGUCUUCAGCGUCGUAAGUCCAAGGAUUUCCUCGGUCAAGUCCGGAUGGUCAACAUGCGUUACAUUGCAGAGCUCACCAAAUUUGGUGUCGUUCCCGAGCAUGUCAUCUUUCACUGUCUCAAAGUCUGCUUGGACGACCUCUCCCGGAUGAACAUUGAGAUCAUCGCAAAUCUUUUGGAGAACUGCGGUCGCUAUUUGCUGAGGAAUCCCGAGACGUCGCCUCGCAUGGCGUCUUUCUUGGAGACCCUGCAACGGAAGAAGGGCGCUCAGCACCUUGGUCAGCAGGAGCGCAUGCUCAUCGAGAACGCCAUGUACUACGUCAACCCACCGGAGCGCGCCGCAAUUCAACAAAAGGAACGUACUACCCUUGACCUCUUCGUGCGCAAGCUGGUCUAUGUUGACCUCAGCAAGAAAAGCCUGGACAAAGUCAUCAAGCAGAUCCGCAAGCUGCACUGGGAAGAAGAUGAAGUUGUGGAUGUCUUGCGCAAGAUAUUUGUCAAGCCCGGAAAGAUCAGGUAUGGUAACAUCUACCUCCUUGCCAUGACCUUGGCAGCUCUCUACCGCUUUCACACCGACUUUGCCAUUACCGUUCUGGAUGAAAUCCAGGAGCGUGUAACUGUGGGCUUGGAGACGAACGACUUCAAGUACAACCAGCGCCGCAUCGCCGAGGCAAAGUACUUGGGCGAGCUCUACAUGUACCGCGUGGUCGACUCGGCGCUCAUCUUCGAUACGCUUUGGAAGAUGCUCAAUUACGGGCACCGUCACGGCUACGCACAGCCGGGUGACAUUUGUCCCAUCGAUCUUCCCGACGACUACUUUCGCAUUCGUCUAGUAUGCGCCCUACUCGAGACAUGUGGACACUGCUUUGAAAAGGGUGCUGCAAAGAAAAAGCUCGACUUCUACCUGACUUUCCUGCAGCUCUACAUCAACAUCAAGGAGCCCCUGCCCAUGGAUAUCGAGUUUGUCGUGCAAGACACGUACAAUCUUCUGCGUCCGCAGUGGAAGCUCGUCUUGAAUGACUUGGGCGAAGCAUCAAGACUUUUCGCCGAAGGUGUAAAGCAGAACUACCAGGACGUUGCAUCUGGCAAACUYCCGGAGCCAGAGGAAGCAGAGGAUCUUGAAGGUGAAGGGGACCUCUCAGAUGACGUCCAUGACGGGGAGGAUGGCGAGAAUACACAAGUCAAAUCUGACAGCGAUGAUCACGGAGAAGGUGACGACGAAGCACAAGCUGACGAUUCUGAUGACGAAGAGCAUAUUGUAGUGACACGACCCGAGGACCAGCGGGAUCCGGAAGCUGACGCAGAAUUUGAUCGCGAGCUAGCCAAGAUGAUGGCGGAAAGCGUCGACUCACGCAAAUUCGAUCGCAAGACUAUGUUCGAUGUGCCGCUUCCUAUGCGCCGUACUGCGCGCGAUGCGGCUACGCCAGCUACCGCUACCGAAGACAGCGGUGGCGAAACGGCUCCCGUUCCGGCUCCCACCAAUGGCGCAGGCACCAUGAAGUUUGCGUUGUUGAGCAAAAAGGGCAACCGCCAACAGACUCGAUCGAUCGAUCUCCCAUCCGACUCCAACUUUGCUAUUGCUAUGCGCACUCAGCAACAGGCGGAGAAGGCGGAGCAACAGCGAAUCAAGAACCUUGUUCUCAACUACGAUCUCACGGACGAUCAGCAAGACGGCUCGUUCGACACCCUACACGGCGCACCACGAUACGAUAAGUCCGGCAACACUCGCAGCAAGCAGCGAGCUAGAAAGCUUCAGCUGGGAGACAUUGAUUGGACAUAA